AUGACUCUAUUACAGUCAUCCUUCUCAAUGGCUUCCACAGAGAGUGAUUCUGACGAGUUGCCAACAUUUUCCUUUCUGAAAAAAGUACCACCUUUAACAAAGAGGAGUCAGACUGACAGAGUGGAGAAGAUUGUAGUGGUUGAGACUUCAGAUUCUGAGGCGUCUCCUCCUCCAUCACCAGAGUUGAAAGAUCUACCACGUUUCCCAGACACAAAUGAAACAUUCACACAAACAAAGCCAAUCAGAGUGCUAAGCAGUGGAAGUGAGGAUGAAGAGGAAAUUAUGCCUCUGGCAGAAAGACUAACCUGUAAAUUUUUGGCAUACAAGCAGUCAAGCACUGAGGACUCCAGCUUCCCAAUUAAAACUGUUUUGGAUCAACAAAAUGACCAGAAAAAGCAGUCAUUUCUAAAGAUCCCUGAUGUUCCUCUCCAUAAUACCUCAAAGAGAGCAACGGAUAACCAAGACCCUAUUUUAGACAGUCCACGUCAUCAGCUCCUAGGCUACCAAUCUACCUGUCUUGUCCAGAGCAACAGGUUGGCAGAAACCGAAAUGAAUUCUGACACCUUCCCACCUCAAAAGAGAACCAAGAAUAGUCAGAAGAUUCAGAAAAGAGGGUCUCAGAGAUGCCAGCCACAGAAACAAGCAAGCUGCAAAGAAAGCACCCUGAGACAACCAGAAAGAAAGAACGCAGCACCAGCUGACAAGCUGAAAGCUUUGAGGCCAGAGGAAUGCUUGAAACACAUCAUUGUGGUGCUGGAUCCAGUGCUUUUACAGAUGGAAGGUGGGGGCCAGCUCCUCGGAGCGCUGCAGUCCAUGGAGUGCUGCUGUGUGAUUGAAUCCCAGGCUGUGCCUUGCAGUAUCACAUGGCGGAGAAGGGCAGGGCUGUCUCAGGAUACAGAAGAGUGGGUAGAAGAGCCCACAAUCCUGGUGUUGCUCACGGCAGAGACUUUUGAGUCUUUGGUUUACAACUUAAAGCAGGGAACUCCCAACAGCGCUGAGAAAGAGAAGGAAACCCUUCGUGGCUUCAUAACUGACAUCACAGCAAGGACAGUAGGAAAAGCACUGUCACUGGUGAUUGUAGACCAGGAGAAGUGCUUCAGGUUUGAACUUCCUCUGACAUUUAGCUUCUGUCCUUUGCUUUAUCUCUCCUGCUCCAGUACUCAGAAACCACCAAGGAAAAGGAUACAGGGAGUAGCAAAUAAACAGACCAAAGAAAAGAAGCAACAGAGACGAGAGGCCAGCACAAAGCCCAUGGUGUCCAGGGUAGACAUAGAAGAGGCAUUGGUGGAUCUGCAACUCUACACAGAAGCCCAGGCUCGGAUUGUACAGAGUUGGAAAGAGCUAUCUGACUUGGCCUGCACGUUCACAAAAGCUGUGGCUGAGGCGCCAUUCAAGAAGCUUAGAGAUCAAACUAGCUUCUCCUUCUGCCUGGAGAGCGACUGGGCUGGAGGGGUGAAGGUGGACCGUGCUGGCAGAGGACUCACACUGGUCUGGAGGAGGCAGAUUCAGCAGCUGAACCGAGUCAGCCUGGAAAUGGCCAGUGCCAUUGUAGAUGCUUAUCCAUCCCCACGGCUCCUGGUGCAGGCUUAUCAGCGGUGUUGUUCAGAUCAAGAACGCCAGAAUCUGCUGGCAGAUAUCCAGGUGCGCCGUGGGGAAGGUGUGACUUCCACCUCCCGCCGUGUUGGGCCAGAGCUGUCCCGGCGCAUCUACCUUCAGAUGACCACUCUACAGCCAGACCUCUCCUUAGACAGUACUGAUUGAUGCUAGCCCACCCGGACAGGAGGAAGGCUGGAGCUCUGCCCCUCCAGCCUGGAAACCCAACAGCAAUGGACCUGAAGAACCUGCUGGGCACAAGCCUGGGUGAUACCUGGUGUU